GAGUAUAUAAUCAACAAUCAUGUGUACCAACACGCAUAGCAUAGGGGAGUUAUCAUUUUGUAUAAGAAAACACAAAGAAAAACUCCAAUCCAAUGCCUUUCCCUUCGACACAAUCAAUACCAUUCUCAUUUCUUUGCAUUUUCCCAAUCAAACACUAAACAAAAUCACUCUAACACUUAUCCUCUCUUUACACUCUGUUUUCCUCUGCAUGCCUCUUAAAUGGGGAAUCUCUGCGCCACAUUCUCGCCGCCGAAACCACCGCCGACCACCCUCCCCAACCCCUCUUCAUUCUCCAUUUCCAGCAACCGGUGGUCUCGAAUGCGUUCUUCACGGAGACACGACGCCGGAGACUCCCUGACUUCCGACCACGCUUUGGAUGCCGCCGCGGCGCUUUUCCAGAAACUUCCACCCGAUUGUUCUGUUUCCUUCGAUCGCUCUACUUCGCUCCGCCAGCCGACUUCCGGUAAGAAGAAUCGGAAUGCCUUGCCGCGGAGUUCCAGUUCUCGGGCUCGCUCCCUUACUGACCCUCUCCUUCAACCUCACCAGCUUGUUAAUCAGGACAUAAAGCUAGAUGACUUGGAAACAAAUCACUUUGUUCUUGUCCAUGGAGGUGGUUUCGGUGCGUGGUGUUGGUAUAAAACUAUUGCUCUUUUGGAAGAAGCAGGAUAUCGAGCUACGGCGAUAGACCUAACUGGGUCAGGAAUUCAUUCAUUCGAUCCAAAUAGCAUUACAGAUCUUGCGCAAUAUACGCAGCCACUUAUUGAUCUCCUGGAAAAGCUUCCUGAUGGCAAAAAGGUUAUCCUAGUUGGGCAUGAUUUUGGUGGUGCUUGUAUUUCGUAUGCAAUGGAAUUAUUUCAUUCGAAGAUUGCAAAGGCGGUUUUCGUUGCUGCAGCAAUGUUGAAUGAUGGGCAAAACACUCUUGAUAUGUUCUCCUUGCAGGCUGGUUCGGAUGAUGUGAUGCAACAAGCUCAAGUCUUUGUGUACUCAAAUGGCAACGACAAUCCUCCAACGGCUAUUGAAUUGAAAAAACCAUUGUUGAAGGACUUGUUCUUCAAUCAAACUCCAGCCAAGGAUGUAGCUUUAGCAUCAGUUUCAAUGAGACCCGUACCCUUCCCACCUGUGUUAGAAAAGCUACGCCUUUCAGAGAAGAAGUAUGGAUCGGUGAGACGAUUUUACAUUCAAACACUUAACGACAAUGCCAUACCUGUCCCAAUCCAGGAGAGCUUGAUCGAGAGAAACCCUCCAGAACAGGUCUUCUAUCUCAAGGGUGCAGAUCAUUCCCCCUUUUUCUCAAAACCUCAGGCUCUGCAUAGAUUAUUUGUAGAAAUCUCAAAAAUCCAAAGACCUUAGAAACCAGUCUGUCUCACCAGCUAGAUAGAUUGAUGAGUUUGCAUUGAAAUUUUAUUCAAUUUUUGCUUUAUUGAUAUCCAUGUGAAUGAAUAAAGUUGGUGGGACUUCAUUGCAAGAGGAUGAAAUGAAAGGGCCUGAUCUUGCCACAUCAUUUUCUUUUUGUUCUUUUUGUUUUAUAUUAUUUUUUAUAUAUUUAUUGAAAAGGCAAUGAGGUUACAAGAUGAGAAUCAUCUGGUCCCAAAAUGGACUGUUUAUCGACCAUAUUUGGAGAAUGCAGUCCAAAACUUGGGUCUUGUUACCUUUUUAAUUUGUAUUGAACUCUCAAUAAUAUGAAUGCAAUUGGAGCUUUUGGAAGUUCAGGAUACAAA